GGAAAGACUUUUGCAAACUUCCAGAAACAGAUGCAGAACUUUUGCCGUGGAUCACAAUGAAGCAGGUUUUUGUGUUGUUGCUGUCUGCAGCCUGGACUCUCACUGCGGCGCAAAACUACUACCAGGGACUCAUGGACUACCUGGACAACAGACUGUUAGCGAUCGAGGACCGAAUGCAGUUGUGGCACGACCAAAAUCGCCAGUAUCACUCGGAGCAACAAGAUUUUAAGAAGCUGACACACGAGCUGAUGGAGGGUUUGGGGAGAGACUACAUCGCGCUGUACAAGGAUCUCAGUGGAACAGAGGUUCGGGUGGAUCGGGCGGAGAAGGAGAUGGAGUAUGUGGAGACGUGGACCUCACCCAGAGCCUGUGUGCACCCAGAGGAGAAGGUGCUGGAGCGGGGGGAGUGGAGCCUGAAGGAGAGCAGAGUGCCAGAGGGAGAGGAACACGGCUGGGAGGAGGUGAAGGCGGAAGUGUCUGAUUGUGAGGACGUGAUCGCUAGUAUCAGGUCGGUGAAGAUUCUGAAGAGAGCGGGUGGGCCAAAGGGCGUGUGGACUCCUGACCCCAAAUCUUCCAAGGUGUAUCUCUUCAACGGAACAUCCGGAGAGAGUCUGUUCCAGUUUAAAUCCGUCCGAGACUUCUUCAACUCCUCUGGGCUCCACAGCAGCUCCUCAGUCAAACUCGGGGUGGAAUGGACUGGAUAUGGGAGCGCAGUUUACAGCGACCAUCUGUACUAUGUGACUCACGCGGAGGAGGUGCAGGUGGUAAAAUUCGACCUGACGAGUGGAUUCAUCACUGAUAUUGCCAUGUUCCCUCUGGCCAGCGUCUCUCCCGUCUACUCCCUCAACCCUGAAACCAUCGCCGAUAUCUCCGUGGACGAUCAGGGCUUAUGGUUGCUCUAUGCCUCCAAUGAGAAAGAACCGAACAUUAACCUGGCCAAACUGGACCGUCAAAGUCUGGACAUCGAGCAGAUCUGGGACACAGGAUGCCCUCGGGAGAACGCAGAGGCCGCCUUUGUGGCUUGUGGGACGGUCUAUGUGGUUUAUAAUACGCGUUUGCCCAGUAGAUCUAGGAUACAGUGUGUUUUUGACGUGAAUGGGAUGGUAGUGAACGAAGAGGCUCCGCUGAUGUAUUUUCCACGGAGGUUCGGGGCCCACUCCAGUCUGAAGUACAACCCAGAGGAAAAGCAGUUGUACGGGUGGGACGACGGGUAUCAGAUCAUCUACAGACUCACGAUGAAGAGGAAAAUGAUGGCAACACAGUAG